UAGGCAGGGACGCUCCGCCAGCCCUCCCGUGCCCAGCGCCAGGAGCAGCCUUCUCCCCCUGAGUCCAUGGCCGUGCCGGGGCCCCGAGCCCUCCGGGCUGCGCUUUGCAGCGGCUGCUGCUGCCUCCUGCUCUGUGCCCAACUCGCAGCAGCCGGUAAAGGAGGCAGAGGUUUGGGCAGGGGGGGCCUGCUCGGCCUUAACAUCUGGGGCCCUGCUGCUGUUGCUGAAUGCAAACAGCUGGAAUCCUGCAGGCGCUGCGUGGAGGGGGAACCUGCUCGAAACCUUUCAGGCUGUGUGUGGGAACACUGUGGGGGUGAGGAGUCAGGACAUGGGCACUGUGUAGCUCGGGAAGAGGAGGCCAAGGAAGGCUGCUCUAUCUAUAACCACACAGCCCUGUGCCCAGCUGCUCCACAGCCACCCACCCAGGAACCAAAGGCAUUCACAUCAGGCAGCCCUGCCACUGUCCCGCCUCUGGACUCCCACACGCCUGGCUUUGAUGGGGCUAGCUUUGUUGGGGGCAUAGUGCUGGUGCUGAGUCUGCAGGCUGUAACCUUCUUCCUCAUCCGUUUUAUCCGAGUCAAGGACAACACCUAUCAGACACUGAUCUGACCACCAGAACAAGAUGGAGUAGGGGGGCAGAGGCAGUAGUACCAGGCCCUUCUGACCUCAUAUGCCCUCAGCCCUGCUU